AUGCAGAUAUUAAUAGCUGUUAUAGUAGCCUAUACGUCCAUUCAAUAUGCACACUCUAUUGAUUUGAAUAUACCUGAUGUAAUAACAAAUUUGGGAGAUAAUUCUAUAUCGGAAAGAAGAGAUAGAAACUUCACCGAAUUAGUGGAUUACGAUGGAUACACUAGCGAGAGUUAUACAGUUACUACUGUGGAUGGCUACAUACUCUCCAUAUUCCGCAUACCAGUAAAAGAAUCGUGCAAGGAUAACACUAAUUUGGAACCUAUCAUCUUUGUGCAUGGUCUAUAUUUAAGUGGAGAUGACUGCAUUAUACCAGGACCUGGUAAAGCGCAUUGUUACAUAUAUGCUGAUGCCUGCUACGACGUGUGGGUAGCAAAUAAUAGAGGCAACAGGUACAGCAGAAAACAUAUAUCGCUAAACCCCGACAAAGACCCUAAAUAUUGGAACUUUUCUAUUGACGAAAUGGCUGCCUACGAUUUGCCAGCCAUAAUAGAUUUUGUACUGCAAAAGACAAAUAAGAAACAACUUUAUUAUGUGUCUCACAGUCAAGGUGCUGGCAUACUGCUACUGCUGUGUGCUAAACAGCCAGAGUAUAACAGCAAAAUUAAAAUAGGCUUUGGUAUGUCACCCACUGCGUGGUUAGAACACUCUAGAUUUAUAGAUGUAAAAGUUCAAGGAGCAGCUAGUGAAAUUCUUAAAACAGCAAAUAAUGAAACUAACAUGGAAAUUCUGGCACACGGUGGACUUAUUCAAACAACGGGUAAAUUGUUAUGUGGAAGUAAAAUAUCAUAUGCGGCCUGUUCUGCUCUUAUCUUCUUACUUCUAGGCUUUAACGAAUUCCAAAUCACAAUCGAUGUUUUACCCGUUGCUGUAGGACAUUUUCCAGCAGGUAGUUCAUUGAAAAACUUCCUAAGAUGGGGCCAAAUGGUGACAAAUGGCUUUGCCGAAUAUGACUACGGUGCUACAGAGAAUUUGAAAUUGUAUGGACAAGAAAAACCUCCCUUGAUAGAUCUAAGUCCAGUGACGAUGAGAUGGGUAUUCAUUGUGAGUGAAAACGAUUAUGUAUCAGAUGUGAAAGACGUCGAGACACUAGUUUCAGCUUUAACUCACUCUGACGCCGAGAUGUGCAUCUUAGCAGAUAAGACAUUUGGGCAUGUCGACUACGUGUAUGCUGACAAUCUAGCCAAAUAUGUAGCACCUCAGAUCUUGUCCGCUGUGAAAAGCGGCAAAUUCACAUGCAAUUCUUUACCUGUACCAGUUGUAUAG